AUGUCUCUGUUUGGAAGAGGCCUUCCCUCUGGAGAGAAGGGAAUCCGGAAGUCCUUAGACUCCAACUCCCAUCAGCCCUUGCUGCCAGCAAUGGCCAGUGAUGUUGGGGGUUUGAAUGUGACAUUGUCCGAAGGGCCACGGGGUCUCAAGAAAGGGGCAAAGGCCUUAACCCAAACUGGGAUCAAUGAAAGAUUAUAUCUGUAUAUCCCCCUGCUCUCGCUGUCCCUCUGGCUUCUGGGGGAAGCAGGUAGACGUCUACCUUGGCCCUCUCAUUGCUCCAUGCAGAGACUUAGGGUCACAUUACAAUUUUUGAAUAUGUGCAUGCAGGAAAAUGAAAGCUUUUGUGUGUGUUGGUGGGGUGUGGAUAGUUUAAAUCCUCCCAGGGCCACCAAAUGUAAGUCCAGUUCUGCGUUCCCAAGCUGA